AUGGCGGAGCUCGCAGCGACAUACCACAAUCAAGGGAGGUACGACGAGGCAAAGAAAAUGAAGGUGGAGGUGCUGGCACUGAGGCGCGACGUGCUCGGCGACAAGCAUCCCCACACGAUCGGGAGCAUAGCGGAGCUCGUGGCGACAUACCACGCGUUAGGGAGGUACGACGAAGUAGAGAAGAUAUCGGUGGAAGUGCUGGAAUUGAGGCGUGACGUGCUCAACAACAAGCAUCCCCACACGAUUUAA